AUGCCUGACAGUCUACCCCUCGUACCAGACGCAAUUCCCCCCUUUGUGUGCGGCCGGGGGGGGCACUGGCAGUGGCUGCUGCGGCAACUGGUGGUGGGGAGGCAAAGAGUGGCCGUGGAUGCAACGAGUGCAGUGACAGCAGCGAUGAUCAUGGAUGGUGUUUCUGUGGAGAGAGCAGCGCACAGAGAGCGCAGCCACAGCCAAUUGUGGCUGGCUGGGGGGUGUGAGCGAGGUGGGCUUGGCGCGGACUUUGGCGGAAAUGGGGGAGGGGAGGGGGGGGCGGAGGGGGAAGGGGAUGGGGGAAAGCGUGUGUGGGCGGGGGGAGGAGGCGGAGGGGCGUGGCACUGUGAGGUGAACAGACGGUUGGAGGAGCAGGCUGCGGAGCAGCAGAGGCGAGUGUUGGAUGAGGGAAUGAUGGGACUGCACACUGGCAGCAGCAGCAGCAGCGGCGGGAGUGGUGUUGGGAGGAGGGAGAGUGAUGAGGGAGGUGUGGAUGGCAAGACAACAGGCGGCAAGAAGAAGGAGGUUCCUCAGUUCUCGGUUUCGAUUCCUUCCACCAUGGACCUCCCUUGGGCUGCCAUGCCGUGCCAUGCUACCAUGACGUCUACAUCCGUGUGCCUGCUUCCCCGCGUGCGCCCCUCAUCCUGCCCCUGCGAGCUCGCCCCCUUUCACGGCCACACAGCAUCGGACAGCAUACCCGCUCCCCAAGACCCCCUCUACUUCACCUGCAGCGUGCCUGCUGCCGUCGUCUUGCACUCCGAGUCCCACCGUGCUGCAUCAGCCAACCUCUCUGGUUCUAGUCCCACUCCCACUGGCUCUCAAUCCAGUGGUUUCGAAGGCCAGAGCACAGCUGCUGCUGCUGUGGGAGGGGGAGCAGGAGAGGUGGAGGGGGGAGGGGGAGGGGGAGAGGGGGCGGUGGUGGUGAGGAGGGGGCAUUCGCUGCAGGUGCUGCUGCCGGUGGUGGCGGACAGGCAUGGCGUGGUGGUGCUGGUGGCUGUGUCCGAUGGGGACCAGGACAUGCUGCUCAGCUUCGUGUGCAUGCUGCGGCAUCUCAACAUCACCAAUUUCCUCAUCGCAGCAACAGACCUCCCCAUCCUCUCCUUCGCCUACCUCCACUCCCUCCCAGUCUUCCACCUCCCAUCCCUCGACACCACCCCACUCUCCUCCUCCUCCUCCACCUCCUCCCUCUCCCCCGCCCACUGCACCUCCCUCACCUGCCGCCGCCGCCACUCCAUGCACGUGCGCUCGCGAGCAGCUCUAGCCAUAGUGCGCCUCGGCUACCACGUCGCAUCCACCCUUAUCGACACCGUGUGGUUCCACAACCCGCUCCCGGACCUCCUGGCCUUCGGCCCCAACGCCGUGGCCAUUCAGAGCAGCGUGACGGAUGUGGAGCAGCCGGCGAAUAGCGUGGAGGGCACGAGCACCAUGAGCACGGGGUUUUUCUUUGUGAGGGGAGAGGAGAAGUCUGCAGCGGCGCUAGCGGCGGUGGUGGCGCAUGCGGGGGGGAGCCGGAUGGCGGAGCAUCUGAGCUUCUUCCGUGUGCUGUGUGGGGAGAAUGGGCAGCUGCUGGUGAGUUAG